UUGGGGGUGGGGGUGCUUGAAUGGCAGCUGAUAGCUAAUAAGCCUGUGUACUGCUGAUUCACAAUUAUGGAGACUGUGGUGGUCCUGGACUUUGUGAACACCUCUCAAGUUCUGUGAUUGGAUACUGGGUAGCCCACUGUUCCAGAGGUCUACACAUGCACUCACUGUGACGAGGGUGGCUCACACUUGAUCGAGACUAAGACCUCAUCGCCGAAAGGUGAGGCUAAGAUGAGCAUUACCAGCGACGAGGUGAACUUUCUGGUAUAUCGCUACCUCCAGGAAUCAGGUUUUUCCCACUCUGCCUUCACGUUUGGGAUCGAAAGUCACAUUAGCCAGUCCAACAUCAAUGGUACACUAGUGCCACCGGCUGCCCUAAUCUCCAUUCUUCAGAAAGGACUGCAGUAUGUGGAGGCAGAGAUCAGCAUCAAUGAGGAUGGCACGGUAUUUGAUGGGCGUCCCAUUGAGUCCCUAUCGUUAAUUGAUGCUGUGAUGCCCGAUGUGGUACAGACAAGACAGCAAGCUUUUCGGGAGAAACUCGCCCAGCAGCAAGCCAAUGCAGCAGCUGCAGCAGCAGCAGCUGCAGCCACAGCCACAAGCACAGCGGCUACAACACCAGCAGCUGCUGCUCAGCAAAACCCACCAAAGAAUGGAGAAGCCACCGUGAAUGGGGAAGAAAAUGGAGCACAUGCAAUAAAUAAUCACUCAAAGCCAAUGGAAAUAGAUGGAGACGUUGAAAUUCCACCGAGUAAAGCCACAGUCCUUCGAGGCCAUGAGUCUGAGGUCUUCAUUUGUGCCUGGAAUCCUGUUAGUGACCUACUUGCUUCUGGAUCUGGAGACUCCACUGCAAGGAUAUGGAACCUUAAUGAGAAUAGCAACGGGGGCUCCACACAGCUUGUGCUGAGGCACUGUAUACGUGAAGGCGGACAUGAUGUUCCCAGUAAUAAGGAUGUCACUUCAUUGGACUGGAAUAGCGAUGGAACACUGUUGGCAACAGGUUCCUAUGAUGGUUUUGCAAGAAUAUGGACAGAAGAUGGUAACCUAGCCAGCACCUUAGGUCAACAUAAAGGUCCCAUCUUUGCUCUGAAGUGGAACAAAAAGGGGAAUUAUAUUUUGAGUGCUGGUGUAGACAAGACAACAAUAAUUUGGGACGCUCACACAGGAGAAGCCAAACAACAGUUUCCUUUUCAUUCAGCACCUGCCCUUGAUGUGGACUGGCAGAACAACACUACCUUUGCCUCAUGCAGCACAGACAUGUGCAUUCAUGUGUGCAGGCUUGGCUGUGAUCGCCCAGUCAAAACCUUCCAAGGACAUACUAAUGAGGUCAAUGCUAUCAAAUGGGAUCCUUCUGGAAUGUUGCUAGCCUCCUGCUCUGAUGACAUGACAUUAAAGAUCUGGAGUAUGAAGCAGGAUGCAUGUGUCCAUGACCUCCAGGCUCACAGCAAAGAGAUAUAUACCAUCAAGUGGAGUCCCACAGGACCAGCCACCAGCAACCCGAACUCCAACAUCAUGUUAGCAAGUGCUUCAUUUGACUCUACGGUUCGACUGUGGGAUGUGGAGCGAGGUGUUUGCAUCCACACUCUGACCAAGCAUCAGGAGCCUGUCUAUAGUGUAGCGUUCAGCCCCGACGGGAAGUAUUUGGCCAGUGGAUCUUUUGACAAGUGUGUCCAUAUCUGGAAUACCCAGAGUGGAAGUCUCGUCCACAGCUACCGAGGAACAGGCGGCAUAUUUGAGGUGUGCUGGAAUGCUCGAGGAGACAAAGUGGGUGCCAGUGCAUCUGAUGGCUCUGUCUGUGUUUUAGAUCUCCGAAAGUAAACACAAAAUGUAGAAAACAAAACCAUUCUAAUGGAGCAGCAGUGAAUGUGUGGGAUUGCAGCACCCUUCCUAUGAUGGGCUCCAAACUGUGUGAACUUGACUUGUUCGAGUCUACUUGGAAAUCACCUAUCCCUGGCCACAGGAUUAUUUCCCCCCUCCCCUAAUCUCCAUCCAGAAGUUUAAAACACAAACAAAUACAAAGUCAUCCGCAUGGUUGUAUCACAGGAAUAUGGUUUCCACCUAGAAUGCUCAGCUGGGGAAGGAUGAAGCCAUCAGCUACAUGGUGCAUGGUUGGUUUCCAUCCAGAACAGGCUCUAAUGACUGAACAGGGAAGGAGAAACACAAAGCUGUGCCAAAAAAUAAAGAAAAGGUUAAAAACAAUGAAAAAGAAAAAAGGCUGUGAUAAACCAAAAGGGAGGAAAAACCUGCCCCUUAUGGUGUUUCCCUCCUAUCAAUUUGGAUACUACAGUUGCUUUCCAAAAGACCAGUUUGUACCAAUGAAAAUGUGUGACUUUGUAAUCCCAACGCUGUAUUUUCUAGAACCUUCUUUGGUGGUUUUUCUAUCUGCUAAAAUUCUGUGGUCUGGGGGCCUCCCACCUCAGAUGCAAACUGUUUUUGGCUUAUUCCUUCUGUCUUCCCUUGUUGUUGCCCGCUUCUUCCUCUGAUGUCCUUGCUCUGGUGUGGUCUCACUUGUAAUGAAAUCCUGCAUAGAUAAUGGCCACAUGCACACAGUGGAUCUUUGUUGGACAGCACUCUCCUUCCCUCUCGCCCCACUCCCACCUAUUGCUUACUCUGUCCCUUUCUCAUAGUUGCUUCACAUUAGGUCCCAAAGGCACUUUCAGAGCAUAGUAAGUGCUUUAUGUAAGAAGGCAGGGAUGGGGACUUUUUACAGAAAAAAAAAAAAGACUUACUUAUAAGAGAAAGAACCUGGAGUAUUUUUUGAAAAAAAUAUUUUUAUGUUAAAAUGACUUUAAAUCCUAAAAUGGCCAUCAGACAUAGAGAGUUUUGUGAAAUUCAUAUUUAAAAGACUAAGAAGACACUGGCAGAGUCUGAGGUGUCUAAUUACCCCUUCCCUUCAGCUUCACGAAAGGCAGUUAGGAAAGCCGUGGAUUGGGAAACGUCCUAUGGAAGAACAAGGCGAUUGCUUUGGCAGCUGGUGGGGAAGAAGGAGCCCACUAGUUAGGCAUCAAGCAGAAUGCUCAACUGUUUGGUACACAUUUACUUCAGCAGCCAAUGGGAACAUAGUGAAGAAGCCACCCUUACCAAGUGUGGCUCAUGGCACUUGCCAGCUACAUCUUUCUCACAACAGUGUAGCUACCGAUGGGCACUUUUAUCAAUAGCAUGCUUGGUGAAUCUUGCAAAACCUAAAACCCAAAGGCCUCAGUGUCCCUCAGUCUUGUGAAGACAGUGAGUCUCAAGGGAAAAUUUCAAUCC